AUAUUGGGAGCCAUUCAGUUAUCGAAAAACACGCAAUAUUUCUUAAAAAUGAUCGCUUCAAAAAUUUUUUUGGUUGUUGUUCUAGCAGUGGGAUUAAUUUCGGCUGACCCUAUAAAUUUCGAGUUUUCUGCUCUGAAGGGCCCAGGAUAUUUGGUUGAACGCAUUAAAAGGUCGUCCGGAGGUUGUAUCACCAACACCAAACAAAUAUAUGUAGCCUUUGAUGCUUGUAUUGGAUCAAGUUCGAUUGAUUAUGAUAUACCGUCUUCGUCUAACAUCGAGUGUCGCGUUUUGUAUGCAGUUAUCAAAUGUUUGCGUGACAAAGUAAACAGAUGUGGAGCUCCAGGAAUCAUGCAGCAAGUCAAUGCCAUCAUGGCGCCUAUUAAAGCAGAAAAUAAUUGUUAGGCAAAGGAAGACAUUUUUCUUUAGAUACAGAGAUAGACAUUGAAUCAAAU